GAUGCCUUCAUCUAUGACGCUGCAGUUUUAAACUACAUGGCCAGAAAGGAUGAGGGCUGCAAGGUGAUGACCAUAGGAUCCGGCAAGGUGUUUGCAACCACGGGCUACGGGAUCGCCCUGCACAAGAACUCCCGCUGGAAACGACCGCUGGACCUGGCACUGCUGCAGCUGGUUGGAGACGAUGAGAUUGACAUGUUGGAGCGUCUGUGGCUGUCAGGCAUCUGCCACAACGAUAAGAUCGAGGUCAUGAGCAGUAAGCUGGAUAUCGACAACAUGGCGGGCGUCUUCUACAUGCUGCUGGUGGCCAUGGGCCUCAGCCUGCUGGUCUUCGCCUGGGAGCACCUGGUCUACUGGAAACUACGGCACUGCAUGAGCCGCUCUGGUGGAAUGGACUUCCUCCUCGCUCUGAGCAGGGGGAUGUACAGUUGCUGCAAGUUUGAAGAUGAGACGGCGCCAGGAGGCAUGAAAAGCACUCUGCCCCAAUACCACACAGUAAACACCAUGCCCCCAGCGCCCCAGCAACACCUGGUCACAGCAACCGUCACCAACACAACCGCCAUCGCCAUGGUGCAACAGCAGCAGAAGCACCACCAACCGCCGCAACAGGGGCAGGCCUACACCACCAUUUUACCCGGGUCCCCACAUACAUCUGGCCAUUCUGCUGUUGCCCUCGGCCCUUCAAACAGCCCCUUGCUAGAAGGUCCCAUGCCCUGUUCCACCUUCUUGCCACGCCACGAUCGCAGAUUAGCCGUGGUUGAUCGCUGGAACCGGCCCAAGCCAGAAAAGGUCUUGGCUGUCAGCAGUGGUGGGGGGGUCGGUAUUGGGGGCCUAACUGGGGGCAUCUCAGAGCUCCAGGCCCAGCAACAGUACCAGCAGAGUCUCAGCCAGCGCUGGACCCUGCCAGGAGGAGGUGCAUCAGCAGGAACAGUAGGAGGGGGUGAUGCAAGUCUGGAUGAAUACAAACGCUACUACGGUCCUAUAGAUCCAGAGGGGCUUGGAGCUAACAAUGAACAACAAGCAGGGGGUGCCCAGCAAACUCCCAAAGCUAACCCCCGUGGCCCCAAGGCCUCAGGGAUGUCGCGCCUGCCUCCGAAAGUCCCCCCGCAGGGCCUGGGACAUCUAAUAUCCAAGCCUCCUCCGCCAAUCCCUCCCUCUCCGCAUCACAGGCCCUCGUUUUGGAGGCGAGGGAGCCUUGGCCAGGGCAGGAGAAAAGGCUCCGGAGGGCCCCUAUAUGAGAAUAUCCUACCACUGGGGAGGCGAGGAGGAGGGGGAAGAUAUGGAGCGAGGGACGGAGGUGGUGCGAGAAGAGGGCGGCGACCUCCCCCGCCUCUUCCACUGCCCAUUUCCCUAUCAUCUCCGACCCACACUCCCACCACACCCUCGUCGCCCUGCCACUUCUACUCCUCAUGCUCCAGUGCCUCAUCUACCUCUUCGUCCACCUCCUCAUCGUCGUCGUCGUCCUCCUCCAUCUCCCUGUCCCGCUCCAACUCGCCCUCCUCCUGCACCAGCGACAGCUCCUACAACUCCUCACUGAGCUUCCGCUACCGGGCUGGAGGCGGCAGCGGCGAACGAGACUUUGCCACGGUGGAUGACGACGAGUACGACUCUGACCUGCUGACAGAGGAGUCCAGCUUGCUGCUGGGUUCGCGGAGGAAGGCGCGGUCCCGCCGCAUGUCAUCACGCUCACUCCCCUGCAGCCCUCCUCCUCCACCAAUUCCACCACGCAAGCCUCGCCCACAGAGGGACUAUGUCCGGGAGAGGGCAGGCAACCAGCUGGCCCAGCUCCAGGAAUGGUGGGCCUCAUGGGGAGAGAGGGAAAGGGGAAGGGGAGGGGUGGUAAGUCGUGGAGUAGGGGUAGGAGGAGGAGCCGGGACAGCAAGAGAUGAGAAGAGGCACCACAAAGACCGGGAGCGUGAAAGGAAGAGGAGGAAGAAGGGUCGCAAGAGGAAGAAGAGAGAGGAGCGAGAGAGAGAGAGGGAGUGCAAGCGGCGCAAGGGGAAGAAGAAGAGGAGGAAAGAGGAGAAGGCGAGAAGGAGAGAACAGAAGAGGUCGGGUCAGCAGGAGGAUGGGGAAACGGAGAAGAGGGAGGAAUUCAAAGUGGCUGUCCCAAACUACCCCUCCUACCCACCUCUAAGGAGAGACUCCUACCGCAAGAAGAGCGAGAGCUCCAUCAGGAGCUAUGGGUGGAACAUCCCGGGUGAUGAGGAGGAAAGAAGGGAGCGAGAGGAGAAAGAGAGGGAUGAAGGGGAGGACAGCAGAGGGAAGGAGAGACACCACAGGAGGAGGAACAGCAAGCACUACCAGACCUCUGGUAGUAAACCCUCAUCAUCUGUCAAGUUCUGGGGGGGAGUAAACCCGUCAGGGGAUGCCAUACCUUCCGCCUUUCUCCCUCUGCUCCCUCUCUCCUCCAGACGCAGGAAGAGUAAAGGCUCAGACAGGGAGGCUAUGGGGAGGGAAGGAGAGAGGAGGCCACUCCUGGGGCGGAACAUGAGAGGAGGCGAGCUGCCUUCCAAGGAGAGGCUGUCCUUGCAUGAGUGGGAUUCCGAGGUGGAAGAGGAUGAGGAGGAUUCUGAGAAGGACAGGAGGAAGGCGGACCGAGGGAAGAGACGAGGAGGUGAAGGAGGUGGUAGGACAAUAUCGGAGGAAGAGAGAGAGCAAGAUAAGGUGGUUGGGAUUUACUCUGACGACGAUGGCUCCUCAGGAGAGUUUGGGAAGUUUGAGCGGUACUGGGAGGACCAUGAGGGCAGAGCAGUGGGUGGGAUUGGAGGAGGGGGCUGGUUUUUCAGCACCUAUCCCUCCCGAGACAAAUCCGGAAGCAUCAACAGCCGGGAUGACCUCUUCCUGGGGCAAAGUGAGGGGUGGGGGCUGGGGGAAAGUGAAUGGGGCUCUGGCGGCGGAGGAGCUGGAGACAGGGCAGAAGAAGGAUGGGGUUCGGGAUCCCACUGGCCUCCACCUCCGCUCACACCACCUCCCCCCCGACGCUACUGGUCAGUGGAUAAGCUCCACAUUCAGGACGAGAAGAGGAGCAAGCGCAAGUCCAAAGACAAAGGGAGGGGCCACAUAUCCUGCCCCGCCUGCCGAUCCCCCCACCGCCACCAAACGCAUUCCCACUCCUCAAAAUGGCCGCGGGCGACCUCAAGGAGCCAGGAGGAGCUCUACCACCACUGCCAGAGUUUUGGUGGUCCCCCAAAAUCUAAACGUCACACAUCGUCCAUGUCCAAACCUGACCACCUGCAGAACCAGUCCAAAUCUGGCAGCCAAUCCAACCUCAGUGUCCAGCGGACUCAGAGAGUAGACCGCGAACGGGACAGGGGAAGGCAACCCUCUCCGCCACCAAGCCUCAUCCCCAAUUUGCCACCCCCGCUCCCUGCCCUCCCAGCUCCCCCGUCCACCUCUCAUCCAAUCCAUGUCCCUCCCCCUACCUCCUCCUCUUCUGUCUCCUCCCCCUCUGUAGUCUCAUCCACUCCAGGGGCCCCGCAGCCCUCCUCCAUGGCUUCGGCAAGUGCCAAGCUGCAGUACCAGAGACUACGCUCCGUACCGCAGACCCAGAGGUUUCCUCAGUCGCCCCACUUACCACUCAAAGCCAAGAGCAUGUGCUCUCGUCGAGGCUCGGCCCAUUUUUCCAGCGUGGAGAGCGAAGUGUGA